CUCCCCAGCAAGGGAGCGAUUCUUCGAGAGCAGAAAUUGCGAUUUGUGGCGUGUUUGUUUCUCGACGAUUUGUCGCUCGAAUUCAUCAAAUGCGCGAGUCCGAGAGGCCAAUUUGUCACCCCUGAAUGUGGGUAGUCGUGCGGAUUGGAUAGGGCGUCCCUGACGUGCGAAUGCGGCCACGUUUCAGAGAAUCGAUCAACCAUUUGCAAUCCAGGUUACGACAAGAGCACGAGCAAGAUUCACCGGAGAUGAUGGUGGAUGCCAUUUUCUAAGCCAUUCGAGUACAUAUAUUGAUUGGGUGACUGGGUCCGUGUGGCGACAGAGCGAAAGGUAUCUUUACUACAUUUUAUCAUCAGCUGACCGUUGGCUGGGGAGUGGAUGCGACCUUGAUGUUCUUGACGACCAAAUGUCUCUUCGAGCUUUUGUUGCGUGCAAGAAUUCGUACGUAAAUUACAGCGACUCUUGCUCAAAGUCUGCGACAAAGAUUUUACCCUAGAAUCUUCCUUACACAUCGAUUCUCCGAUGACGGUCGGAAUACUCCUCACCCUGUCAAUCUCGAAAGAAGUUGCGGGAGAGUCCACCACAGUCCCCUUCGGAUCCACAUGCUCUUGAAUUUCACAACUUGAGAACAAAUUGCAUCAAGUGUUGCGAACCGACCAGCUUGAGAAUGAUGCCGAGUUCUUAUGAUUCAGCUGGAAAUUUGAAUUCGAAGAUCAAUCUACGCUGGAUCUCGUUGGGAGAGCAGUGAUGAUUACAAUUCUUGGUUCGCUGUCUCCAGACUUCCUUGAGGGUGGUCUAGAGCAUUAAGCCGACGUAGCCACGAGAGAAGUUUCGCUCGUUCAUGAAACUGAAGAGCUCACAAACACUUCUACACACUCACUGCAGAGUUUGCUUGGGCGAGUGACAGGGAGAUCAUGACCUCUGAGAUCAGUCAGCUAUGGCCACAUUUAUUACAGAAUGAAAGAAAAGUGAGGCACGAUGUUGAAGCCAGUUUAUUAUCGUAUUUUUGAAAUUUUUUAUUUUCUAACAAUGUGAAAUUGGAACCCACUGUCAGUUUCUUGGUCCUGUUUAGGUGCUGUUACUAUUCUCUUCAUGGUGGACAUCAUCGACAUGAGCAGAAGGUCUAGAAUAGAAGAUCAAUCUCGACAGUAAGGAUUAGGAGGCUUUGGUGGUGAAGCUUCUGUAUAUCAACUCGUCGCAUAGAGAGUGACGAGAUGCAAAAAAAAGGAGGAGACUGGAAGUUUUGUUUGCGUGGUGUGCGGAUUUCCAUGAAGAUGUGAUAAUGGUGGAAUGUGAGAUUGGAGUCAAUUUUACGAGUUUGGAGUGCAGCAAUGGCAGCGUCUUUUGAGUCUUUUUCGUUGUACUGGAAACCAGACGUGAUGACAACGAGGCUGUUGUGCACGUUGCUGCGGUCGGUGUUGAUAUGGACGCUGCUUGCAAUUGGAAAUGCAGGGGACAGACUCGUCGAUGUUGGUGGUACCAUAGCUUUCGCAUCGGUCGGAAGACCUUAUUACGCAUUUGAUGUGUUCGCAGUCUCAUUGCCCCAGUCUUGGUCAUCUUCAGAUUCGUUGCCUCUCUCCCCAAACCUUUUGAAAGAAACCAGGCUCACUGACGGCGUUUCAAUAAAUUAUAAUGGCCAUUUUGUGGAAGGAUCUGAGAGGCGAGCAUUGGAAGAUUUCCUCUCGCCACAAGCUCGCCAUGACGAGGAUUCUAACAAAGAUGGAAGUGGCAUCGAAGCUCUGUUAUUUGUGUCAGAUAGAGCAGGAAAUCCUAGAAUUUACAUCAACGACACCGGCAGACCUCUCAUAAGGACCUCUGAAAUGGUCGAAAAUGGGGCCAGGAGGUCUUUGGCAAAAAUAGGACAGGGGACAGACAAACAUGUGGGUCCUGUUCAAAUGUCGUUCCAUGAUUCAGAACAUUCUUUCAUGAAUGAUAAACCAUCUAUAUGUGGCAACAGACUCGUGUUUGUGUCAACAGCAGAACCGAGUGGCACCUAUGGAACUGGAUGGGCGGCAGUUUUCUCCACCAGCCUGAAGACCGGGAAGACUGUAAGGCUGACUCCAGCUGGACAUGCAGACUAUAGUCCAGCAAUUUCACCUUCAGGGAAAUGGAUUGCCGCAGCCUCGUUCAGUGGAAAGCAUAUCCAGGUGAACGUUCUCAAAAGCGAUCUCUAUGUGUAUAGAUCCAGUGAUGGUAGCAAAAGACGCCUUGUGGUUGAGUCAGGGGGUUGGCCAACAUGGUUGGAUGAACAAACCAUUUUCUUCCACCGCGUAGCUGAUGAUGGAUGGUGGAGCAUCUUCCGAGUAGAUCUGCCAGUCAACUUUUUAGAAACCGGAGAAGGUGAAGUCCAAGAGCCUGAAAGGAUAACGCCUCCUGGCGUUCACGUCAUAACUCCAGCAGCAUAUCGAACUGGCAACUGGCUGGCGGUUGCCACGAGGAGGCCAGAGUUCUUGAAGCAUGUUCGGCAUGUAGAAAUCUUCGACUUGAAGUCAGGAAAGUUCAUCGAACUGACUGCGCUUUUGUAUCCGAAUGUCAGUCACUACAGCCCUUUUCUCUCCUCAUCUGGCAAAGUCGGCUACCACCGCUGCAGAGGAACUGUCCAGGGUAAGCAAUCGAUUCCUCUUAUCGAGGUUCUGCCGUCACCACUGCCUAACCUUGCCCUGAUCAGAGUGGAUGGUACAUUUCCUUCAAUUUCUCCUGACGGGACUCACUUAGCAUUUAGUCGGGACACAGGAGAUAGUGGUCUCGUUAUCCCCACAAAGGAGAAGGGAAUUUAUGUGAUCAGUCUCGAUGGGGAAGUCUCUCAGCGGCUUGUGUAUACGGGCAGGGCAUUUGGCACAGUCUGGGAUCCACUACGAAGAGGAGUUCUGUUCGUGACUGCGGGCAAGUGCUUUGAGGUUGUGUCUGAAGAAAUCCACAUCAUCUCUGUAGCCAAUGUCUGUAACAGAAGCCAAGAACUUUCAGUAAAGCAGCUGACGAAAUACGGCACAGGGAACAAUGCCAUGCCAUAUCCAUCGCCAGAUGGAAAGCUGUUGGUGUUUAAAUCAGGUCGAUCUGGAUGGAAGAACCUCUACAUAAUGGAUGCGUUCGAGGGAGAGGAGAAGAUGCUCAGACGCCUGACAAAUGGUAACUGGUCGGACAACCAUCCCCAUUGGUCCCCCAGUGGUGAAUGGAUCAUCUUCAUGUCGAAUCGAGAGGAUCCACAUGGUACUGCCUACAACAUUUUCCAGAUACGUCCCGACGGGACAGGGCUGCACAAAGUCUUGGACUCUGGUUUGGGGCAAGACGCCCAUCCUUGUUUCAUGGGGAACGACAAGUUCAUCGCUAUGAGCUCGGAUGUUGCGGGUUUCAGUGCAGAGCCUAUAUCCAUGCCCCUCCAGUUUAAUCCUCAAGGAGAGAUCUUUGUAGCUGAAGUUAACGACCCGUCUAGUAUGCUAAGGAUGACGCAUAAUUCUGUCGAAGAUGGAUCUGCCAGAUGGUCGCCUCAUCAGUUUAGCAAGACUGAACUCCAAAAACUCUCUACCAGUGGGUUAGGAAAACCCCUCAAGUGUAACAAUCCUGAUUACUAUGCCGAUGUUUGGCCGACUGUAGCCAAUGCACAUGCUCCUUGUGCUCACGCUCCUCAGAAUUCACAUCACCGGAGACACUACGAGCUCUGAGCUUUGUUGCUCGACACUAGCCUUUGUACGAUAUAUUUUUACAAUUCCGUUGAACCUCUCGUUCGGAGCCUAUGUGUAGUGUGCAUGCUUCCGGAAAUGUUUGAGGUCAGUUGAAGUGGAUAUGUAAGAUAUAUAUCGAAUAUAAUAACAAAUUUGCCGAGAUUUCGCUGCC